CUGAUGACGCGUGUCCGAGCCUCCUUCUUUAAGCCUUCCUCGCUGCUCUUUGGACUCAUUCCGCCAUUUUGUUAUAUAGUCGAGUAGGCUGAGACUAGACCGCUCAGUCAGAGAGGCAGCUUCACCAGCGACCAGAACAACCAAACCAGAGACGGACGAGAGAAAUAAACAGCAGAUAACAAUGAGUGGUUGUCGUGUCUUCAUCGGCCGCUUGAGCCCACACGCCAGAGAGAGAGAUGUGGAGAAGUUUUUCAAGGGGUAUGGACGGAUUCGUGAAAUCAACUUGAAGAACGGAUUUGGCUUUGUGGAAUUUGAUGACCACAGAGAUGCAGAUGAUGCUGUGUAUGAGUUGAACGGCAAAGAAUUGUGCAGUGAAAGGGUCACUAUCGAGCACGCUCGCUCCAGAAGGGGAAGAGGUGGCGGCCCUGGAGGAAUGGGAGGCCGCUUCGGCGGUGGUGGAGGUGGUGGUGGUGGCGGCAGCAGUGGUGGUGGUGGCGGCGGUGGCAGCUAUCGCCCAUCUCGCAGCAGUGGAUCCAGACUGGACAGGUAUGGCCCUCCUGUGCGGACGGACCACAGACUCAUUGUGGAGAACCUCUCUUCACGAAUCAGCUGGCAGGACCUGAAAGACCUGAUGAGAAAAGCAGGUGAAGUUACCUUUGUGGACGCUCACAGGCCCAACAAAAAUGAAGGAGUGGUUGAGUUUGCAUCCCGCAGUGACUUGAAGAAUGCCAUCUCCAAGCUCGAUGGCUCAGAGCUGAAUGGACGCAAGCUCAAGAUCUUUGAGGACAGCAGAAGUCACAGCAAGAGCCGUUCCCGCUCCCGCAGCUACUCCCGCUCAAAGAGCCGCUCCAGGAGCCGCAACCGUUCCAGGAGCCGCUCCAGGUCCAUGAGCCGCACCCCGGAGAAGAAGACGUCAGGAGGGGGCAGGGCCUCGGGCAGAUCCCCCUCCAGGUCCAAGUCUCGCUCCAAGUCCCGCUCCAGGUCCCGCUCCAGGUCUCGCUCCCGUUCACCGGCUCCCGCUCAGAACAAACAGUCCCGCUCCCGAUCCCGCUCUCGUUCUCGCUCCCGUUCACGUUCCCGCUCCGCCUCUGCAGACAGCAAGCACUAAGAUCAGUGCACCUGUCGGCCGUAAUAAUAGACUGAUAGUGGCUCACCACAGGCCUGUAUGGUGAUGUGAUUUAUUUUUUCUUUUUAAUGAAGGGGAGGAAGUCGCCGGCUUCUUUUGAAAUAAGAUCGUUAAUGUGUCCACAUUGGCUUUGAUUUCUCUGUUUUGUUUUUUAGUUUGGAUGUGCUUCCACAGGAAAAAAAUAUUUUUUUGUGUUCCUAUUACUUUGUUUUCCCAUCAUAAAAUGCCCUUUUUUAUUUUGAUGAAAUAUCGAGUGACAAAACAUUUUGAUCAGCAAUGCUACUCGUCACAGUCCUGCAGCCUGUCCUGUCUGCCAUGUUAUGAUUCCAUCCACUCCCCUGUGCUCUCCGAGUGUUCACAGCAGUUCAAGGUUAGGUAGGAAAAUGUUGAUAAGUAUGUUUUUGUUAGCGAGCUCCUGGCAUUGCCGUGAAACUGUGAUUCUGCUUCUGAUAGUCUACAUGUGUUGCAUUCACUGCCCUGAUAUGUGAACAUAAAAAUGCAUCUCAGUUGGUGGUUUAUUUCAGCUUUCUUGUGUAAUGAUGUUGGAAUCUGGCAUUAAUUUCGUGCUGUUCAGGACUUCUCGUCUCGUGUUGGUGAUUCAUCUUCUUUGCUUUUUAUUUACUUCAUCUCCAGCGUCGGCCUGUGGGGUGUCGUGGGUCUGAACACAAGUGUCUGUUUCAGCAAGAAGAAAUGUCUCUAAAUAAGUUUAUUAAUUUGAUACUAAUAAUACACUCACUGCAUAUUGUCAAUUAAUUUUUUAGUAAUGUCCAGAAAGAAGUGACUUGUUUUUUUUUUUUUAAUAUUUUGUGAAUAUGGGUCGAGAGACUCUCGUACGUUAUAAAGUCUCUGCAGUUCAACCGAAUAAAGCUUUCACAAACUGUUAAAA